AUGAAGUUCCGCGGAGGAAUUCUCGGGCUCAAAGCCAACAAGAACCAAGCCCCCGAGAUCGCCGAAGACGACACGGGCCACAGCACCGGCAACGAUGCUGUUGACACUGAGACGGGCGCCAAGUCAGGUGUCCCGUCUACCGACGCCAACUCCAACCAGGAAAAGGAAAAGGAGCUGCAGUAUGGUGUCCAGGCCGCCGAGGCCACCCUCAAGGUCUGGUCCAAGAACCACUUGAUUGCCGCUUACAUAUUGAUUUGGUUCAUCAGCUUCGCCCAGUCCUUCUCUUCCGGUAUGGCAGGCACCUUGACUCCCUAUGUCACUAGCAACUUCUCCGCCCACUCCCUGACGGCCACCACUGGCAUCCUUGCCAGCAUAAUGUCGGGUCUCAUCAAGUUGCCCUACGCCAAGUCCCUUGACAUUUUCGGCCGACCCCAGGGCUUCGUCUUCUGUUCUCUGUGCAUGACCUUAGGCCUCGUCAUGAUGGCCGGCUGCAACAGUGUCGAGACCUAUUGCGCCGCCCAGGUCUUCUACCAGAUCGGCUACACUUGCAUUGACUUCACUAUCACCAUCUUCAUUGCCGACACAUCCCAGCUGAAGAACCGAGCCUGGUGGAUUGCCUACGCAUCCUCCCCUUACCUAAUCACCACAUGGGUCUACGGGCCUGCCUGCGAACGCCUCCUCGCCACCGCCGGCUUCCGCUGGGGCUUUGGUAUCUGGGCCAUUAUCUUCCCUAUCAUUUGCUUGCCCCUGGCUAUCCUUUUCUACUACAACCAGAGGAAGGCCGAGAAGCAAGGUCUGAUCCACGUCACCCCCCACGGUCGCGGCCCCGUCGAGAAUCUCCUCUACUACUGUCGCGAGUUCGACGUCAUCGGCCUGCUUUUGAUCAUGACCGGCUUGGCCCUCUUCCUGCUCUCCUUCAGCCUGUUCUCUAACCAGCCUUUGCAAUGGCGUUCCCCUCUCGUCAUUUGCUUCCUCAUCUUUGGCGGGCUCCUCGUCAUCACCUUUGUCGUCUGGGAGAAGUACUUCGCCCCUAUCACCUUCCUUCCCUGGCCUCUGCUGAAGAACCGCACCGUCUUCUUCACCUUCACCAUGGUAGCCAGUCUGUACUGCUCGUGGUACUUGUGGGACACCUACUUCUACUCCUUCCUGAUCGUCGUGUUCAACGAGAGCGUCACCAACGCAACCUACAUCGGCAACAUCUAUACGAUCGGUUCUGUCUUCUGGGCUCUCGUCAUGGGCGUCAUCAUUCGCUAUAACGGCCGUCUGAAGUGGCCCGCCGUCUACUUCGGUGUGCCCAUGACUAUUCUCGGUGUCGGCCUCAUGAUCCACUUCCGUCAGCCCGACGUCAACAUCGGCUUCAUUGUCAUGUGCCAUAUCUUCAUCGCCUUCGGUGGUGGCACCCUCGUUAUCUGCGAACAAAUGACCGUCAUGGCUGUCUCGGCGCACCAGAACAUUCCCGCCAUUCUCGCUAUCGAAGGCCUUGUGGCCAGAAUCGGCGGCGCCGUUGGAUACGCCAUGGCCGCCGGCAUGUGGACCGGAAUUUUCCCCAAGAAGCUAGCGAAGUACUUGCCCGCCGAUGCUCAGGCCGAUUUGGUCUCCAUCUAUGGGGACCUUACUGUCCAAUCCUCUUACCCCAUCGGCUCUCCCACCCGCGACGCCAUCAACCGGUCGUAUGGUGAGACGCAACGAUACAUGCUCAUCACUUCCGUCUGCCUGUACUCAAUUACGUGGGGAUCCACCUUCAUGUGGGAGAACAUCAACGUCAAGAAGGUGAAGCCAUACGAUGGAUUGAUGUUUUAA